AUGGUUCUCAAACUCACUCGCGCGAUCUUUGCAUCAUCAUGGCUGCUUUCUGCAAUUGCCCGGGCGGAUGCAGCCCCAAAUCGUCCAAACAUCAUCUUCAUCUUGACAGACGACCAAGACAAUCACAUGGGAUCCUUAGACUAUAUGCCAUCAGUGCAAAAACAUCUAAUCCACCAAGGCACCACAUUUGAGAAGCACUAUUGUUCCACCGCUCUAUGCUGUCCCGCGCGUGUCACCCUCUGGACUGGGCAGCUCGCUCAUAACACCAAUGUCACCAACGUGAGACCCCCUUACGGAGGAUACCCCAAGUUUGUCCAGAAUGGAUACAAUGACCACCACCUUGCUCUCUGGCUGCAGCAAUCCGGCUACAACACUUACUACGUCGGCAAGCUCUUCAACUCCCAUACCGUCGACAACUACGACUCGCCUCCAGUUAGUGGAUACUCUCAGUCAAACUUCUUCCUCGACCCGUUCACAUAUCAGUACUACAACGUCAGCACCACGAUAAACGGGGCGCCGCCAACCAACCCCGUUGGCAAGUACUCGACUGAUAUCGUGGCUGAAAGUGCCCAAGAGUUCCUUCAACAUGCGCUCCAGGAUGAAAAUUCUCCCUUCUUCAUCACCCUUGCGCCAAUCGCCCCUCAUUCUGUUGUGGGAGAAGGCUCGCUGGGAGCUUUCGAUCCCCCGCAAAUUGCAGAGCGGCAUCAAGGCCUCUUUCCGGAGUAUAAAAUCCCUCGGACGCCCAACUUCAACCCCGACUCUCCAAGUGGCGUCAACUGGGUAUCAAAGCUCCCUAAGCAGGAUGAUGAGGAAGUUGACUACAAUGACGAGUACCAGAGGUUGCGCCUCCGGUCACUCCAGGCAGUAGACGAAAUCGUCGAGUCCGUCGUCGAUCGCCUCGACAAGGCGGGCGCGCUGGAGAAUACCUUCAUCUUUUACACCUCUGAUAACGGCUAUCACAUUGGCCAACAUCGAUUGCACCCGGGCAAAAUGUGCGGUUUUGAGACAGAUAUCAACGUCCCCCUUAUUGUCCGUGGUCCUGGAGUUCCUAGCCAGAGAAUCACUCGCGUUCCUUCUUCGCACGCUGAUCUCGCCCCUACCAUCUUGCAAAUAGCCGGCCUCGAAAUCGACGACAAAAACUUUGACGGCUCACCUAUUGAUAUCUUUGGAACUGCCACUGGGGCUCGUUCGGAGCAUGCUGCCGUUGAAUUUUGGGGAUUGGGGCUUGCAGAGAGCAUCUUUGGGAGGAAGGACGGCCCGCCCAUCUAUCCCAACAACACGUACAAGGGGCUUCGCAUCGAGGCGGAAGAUUAUGGGUUUUACUAUUCUGUUUGGUGCAGCAACGAAAAGGAGCUUUAUGACAUGAAGGCAAGGCACACGCAAGCGGACCCAGGACAAGUACACAAUCUCCUUUCCCCCGGAAAGAGUCUGGUUGAUGCAGCUGUUACCAUCGGCGGUGAACAGUGGCCCCUUGAAAAAGUCGUCGACCGACUGGACGCCUUAAUGAUGGUCCUCAAGUCCUGCAAGCAGCAGACUUGCAUUCAUCCCUGGAAAAGCCUUCAUCCGUCUGGGGACGUCCAAAACCUCCAUGAUGCGCUCUCUACCGAGUACGAUGAGUUCUAUAGAAGUCAGGUGAAAGUGAGCUUCACCAGUUGUGAAAGCGGAUACAUUCUUGAGUCGGAAGGGCCUCAAGCUUUCUCUACAUAUGAAGCUAUAGGGGAUUACGGUCCUGGUGACGAGAUGUACGAUCCGCUGAAGCAGCAGCCUUUGGUUAAUCCCAACUGGAGUCUCUGGGAAUAAGAUUA